AAAGAACUCUCGCCCGCGGAUCUCAAAAUUAUAUAGAAAACGAGAGAGAGAGAGAGAGAUAGAAAGCUGAAGAAGAAGUCUAAAGAAGAAGCAGAUCGAUCUUGAUGGGGAAAACUGGCGGAAGCACAUGGUUCACGGCGGUUAAGAAAGUUUUCCGGUCGCCGGAGAAGAUAAUCCCUAGAAGAAAAACUCGUCGACUAGACAACAACGACCUCGUCGAAGAUGAAGAGGACGAACAGCACCAACGACCGAUGAGAAGAAAAAGAAGAUGGCUAUUUAAGAAAGCUACUUCUGAUCCUUCUGCAAUAGACGUCGGAAUGAACAUAAGAAACGCCGGCAACAUUAACUCGACGGCUAUUGACGUGAUCAUUGCAGCGGCAGAUGAAACUGAGAAAACUGCAUUUCCGACGUCCAAGGAAGCCGUCUUUUUCUGUCGGAAGUCUGUCUACCUGAAAAGACACGUCGCUGCUAUUCUCAUUCAGACAGCUUUCCGAGGAUGCCUGGCACGAACGGCAUUUAGGGCUUUACAAGGAGUUGUGAAACUACAAGCGCUAGUGAGAGGCCACAACGUGCGUAGACGAGCCAGCAUUACUUUGCUACGUGUUCAGGCUUUGGUUCAGUUCCAGGCUCGAGCUCUAAACCACCAGAAAAAACUCACGACUAAUCCAGGCGAUGAAACUUCUUUGUCUCUUGCUUUCUCUAAACAGAUGUGGAGAACCACAGAGAGAGAAGCUCACAGUGAAAGCGAAUUAGAGGACACAAGACCGAGUAGAUCAAACCGGUUCGGUUAUCAAGAAACCGGAAGGAGAAUGUCAACCGAUCAGGCUCUCGUUGAACCGGUCAAGAUAGUUGAGAUCGAUACGUAUAAUAUUAAUACGUACUCACUCAAAGACAAGACGCCAAGUAGGAAGUCUUGCGUCACACGGCAAGUCCAUUCAAUACCAAAUUACAUGUCUAACACGGCCUCAACAGCGGCUAGAUUCCACCGGCCACAAAGCGUACCAAAGGAGAGAUCAAACCGCACCGGUUUAGAUAACAACGAACCAAGAUUACAGUUGAUUAGAAAGCGAUUAUCAUUUCACAAUCCACAAUCACACGGUUAUAAUGCUGGUAAUGAUUACUUUUGGUACGACUAUUGAACCGAAUCGGUUAUGUGCAGCCGAUUGAACCAAUUAUUCAAAUCAAAGAUAUUUUAUUUUAUACUAUAUAUAUUGGACCCAAGAUUUAUUAUU